GAAUUCGGAACUAUAAUGCACGAGGAACAACAGUGGGGUGGUCUGGAGUUCCGGUCGGAACAGAGAGCGCGUGCACACAGCGUGGAACGGAGCAACAUGGCGUGUGUGAAGAGUCAGCAGUGUUCAGUGUGGGUCGGAGCGGAGACCGGCAUCCUGAAGGGUGUGUGUGUGAGCAGGAAGCAGGUGUAUAAUUUCUGUGAGAUGCACAGUCUGAACCGAGACGAGGAGAUCUGCACCAUCACCUGGGGGGAUGAGCAUGAGACUGAGGUGUUAAUGGGGAGUGUUAAUGGCAGAGUGAAGACGUUCAGUAUAGAGAAGGGAAUAUUCACCGAGAGCCGAGAGUGUUCGGAUUUAACACAGGGACGAUUCACUGGCCUUGCUGUCACCGACAGGUCGUUAAUAACAUGUGUGGAGUCUGGAUUGCUGAAGGUGUGGCCUGAAGCAGGCGGGGAGACAGUUGAAAUAAAUGUGGGGAGUGGAGUGUGCCGAAUGAGACAAAACCCAUCCGAGCGCCACCAUGUGGCCACAGGAGGAAAGGAGAACCCAUUAAAAGUGUGGGACCUGCAGAGACCAGACACUCCUAUCUUCACUGCCAAGAAUGUUGCUAAUGACUGGUUGGAUCUGCGUGUCCCUGUAUGGGUUAGAGACAUGGCCUUCCUCACACAGUCCAACAAGAUCGUCACCUGCACAGGACAUCAUCAGGUGCGUGUGUAUGACCCGUCAUGUCAGAGGAGGCCGGUGCUGGAGGCGAAGUUUGGAGAGGUUCCUCUGACGGCGCUCUCGGUUCCACCUGGUGAGAACAGUGUGGUGGUGGGGAAUACACACGGCCAACUUGCCACCCUCGACCUGCGCAAAGGUCUGGUGCGUGGGUGUAUGAAGGGCAUGGCAGGCAGUGUGAGGGGGCUGCAAUGUCACCCAACAUUACCCCUCGUCGCUUCCUGUGGCCUUGACCGUUUCCUCCGAAUACACAACCUGCAGGACAGAACACUAAUGCACAAGGUGUAUCUGAAGUCCCGGCUGAACUGUGUGUUGGUCUCCAGUAAAGAUCUGCAGUGUGUGUCAGACGAGGAUGAACAGCUGGAGGAGGUGAAAACAGAAGAGGAUGAGGUUUGGGAUGCCAUGGAAACGGUGACAGAAAAGAGCGGGAAAAGAGCAGCACAAGAUGAGGCUGAGGUCGAAGUCGUGACACAGAGUGAGAAGAAGAAAAAGAAAAGGACAAAGAAUUGACAACGCUUUUACUGCUAAUAGCUGUGUGUGUGUGUACAGACUGGUUUAUAUGAUUAUGCUUGGCUGUGUAUGUGUGUGUGUGUGGGUUUUAAUAAGGAGUGUCAGGGUCUAGUUUAAGGUCCUCCUGCAGUACCCAUAGCUUCCAUUAUGGGGCAGCAGCAGCACCCAGACUACACAAAGUGAACCUAAACCUCACUGCUGAAUGUGUGAAAAUGAACGAACAUACUUUCAUUAACACCUGAUUCUGUUCAGGUUUAGAUCACACUGAGUGUAGAUGAUUUUCUGAUGUGGGAAAAGAGCAGAGCUGAAGGUGCUACAGUGGACUGGUGUGUAAUAAACAUGCAUUUAAACUUCUGCGUAAACAAUAAAUCUACCUGGAUACAGAAAAGGAAAAAAAA